AUGGCUUUGCAAAGCGAUUAUUCGGCAGCAAACAAAGAGGCUGUGCGGAUUAACGACUGUGGAAUCGUUGCUGAUUCCUGGAGGAAGUAUGUUGACAGAAAAAAUAUAGUCCUGCAGUUCCUCGGAAACAAUUUAAGCGUAGAUAUCUUGAAGCACUAUGAAACAAGACUGGAACUUUUGAAAAAAUCCUCUUAUUACAUAGAUGUCUUACCAAAACACAUGGUGCUGGGAGACCAGAACUUAUUCCAGCCUAAUGUUCUCUAUCAUUUGAUUGAUCCAUGCAAGUUCUUGCGGAUGAAGAAAAUAGGAACGACCCAGGUCAAAAUCCAGCUCUUGCUGCUUAGAGAAUACCUCAGUGAGCUGAAGUAUGGCCGCGAAGAGUUGAAGGUCAUUGCCAAAAUAUCGGACGUGACGCUGUUUCUCUUACAUUGGAACACGACCUGCUCCCGACUCGGUCACCUCUUCAAUACGUUGAAGAACUUCAUAUCCGUUCUCGUACCUGGCAAACUUUACGUGAAGCAUCACUUGAUGAGCGAUGCAAAGUCGAACAAAAUACCAGAACUCAGGGUGCUUCUGAGCACCAAGAUGCCCGUACUGUUUGAUCGCAGGGAGUCAGUGGCUUAUCACAACUCUGUGGAAUUGAAAUGGUUGGUCUUAGGGGAAGAGGCCCACCACGACCUCUACGAACUCGCCUAUAAACUGCUCGAGCCUCGUUAUUGCACGGAGAAAAAUCAGUUUGGGGUGAUUUCAGUAGAAUCGGGCAGUAUUGAGAUUGGAAAUCUCCUGCCUGACAGCUCGUACGAAUUUUCAAUCAGACGCGCAGAGAACUACACGCUAGUUUACUCGGCAUGGUGUGAUAUCAUGGUCCUGAAAACCAAAGCAGCAAUCCACCUACAGUACGUGGGGAAGAAAUCAUGUCACUUCACAUAG